GUCGGGGAUCAGCCUCCUGAACCGCAGUCCGGCGGGGAUUCCGCUUCCAUCCAUUCCCCCCAUGUCCAAUUCGUCGCUGCCAGGAUGAGCUUCCAUGCACCUCAGUAUGCAAUGCAGCGCAACUUUGUUGAUGGCGCCGUAGCAGCAGCGUCCAUCGUAGUGCCGGGUAGGUAA